CAGCCUCCGCCAUGGACCUGUUCGGGGACCUGCCGGAGCCCGAGCGCUCGCCGCGCCCGGCUGCCGGUACUUCUGACCUAAAGACCCCUGAAGAAAUUUCCUUUCUUGGAGUUUAUAAGUUUUGAUUUAAAUUUUUGUUUUUAAAAGAAGAAAAUUGAUACUCAGUUCCUUUCUACAUGGAGGCAAAAAGACGAUAUGGAUGAACCUCUUGGGAUAUAAAUUUAUUUCUUUAAGGGAACUGAAUUUUCAAUGAGUACAUUUUUGUACUUGAACUCUGAGGAAGAAGAGGGAAAGAAGCUCAGAAAGGAUCCCUGCUCUUUGAUGACCUCCCUCCGGCCAGCAGUACUGACUCAGAUGUUUUAGGUGUUGGACUGUCUUAAGUUUUGAAUCCAUGGCAUCAGGAUCAGGGGGACCUUUGCUUUUUGACGAUCUCCCACCUGCUGGCAGUGGCGAUUCAGGUUCUCUUGCUACAUCGAUAUCGCAGAUGGUAAAGAAUGAAGGGAAAGGAGCAAAGAGAAAAACCUCCGAGGAGGAGAAGAAUGGCAGUGAAGAGCUUGUGGAAAAGAAAGUUUGUAAAGCUUCUUCGGUGAUCUUUGGUCUGAAAGGCUAUGUGGCUGAGCGGAAGGGUGAGAGGGAGGAGAUGCAAGACGCCCAUGUCAUCUUGAACGACAUUACCGAGGAGUGCCGGCCCCCGUCUUCCCUCAUUACUCGGGUUUCAUAUUUUGCUGUUUUUGAUGGACAUGGAGGAAUUCGAGCCUCAAAAUUUGCUGCACAGAAUUUGCAUCAGAACUUAAUCAGGAAAUUUCCCAAAGGAGAUGUAAUCAGUGUAGAGAAAACCGUGAAGAGAUGCCUUUUGGACACUUUUAAGCAUACUGAUGAAGAGUUCCUUAAACAAGCUUCAAGCCAGAAGCCUGCCUGGAAAGAUGGGUCCACUGCCACGUGUGUUCUGGCUGUAGACAACAUUCUUUAUAUUGCCAACCUCGGAGAUAGUCGGGCAAUCUUAUGUCGUUAUAAUGAGGAGAGUCAAAAACACGCAGCCUUAAGCCUCAGCAAAGAGCAUAAUCCAACCCAGUAUGAAGAACGAAUGAGAAUACAGAAGGCUGGAGGAAAUGUCAGGGAUGGGCGUGUCUUGGGCGUGCUGGAGGUGUCCCGCUCCAUUGGGGACGGGCAGUACAAGCGCUGUGGUGUCACUUCUGUGCCAGACAUCAGACGUUGCCAGCUGACCCCCAAUGACAGGUUCAUUUUGCUGGCCUGUGAUGGGCUCUUCAAGGUCUUCACCCCAGAAGAAGCCGUGAACUUCAUCUUGUCCUGCCUUGAGGAUGAGAAGAUCCAGACCCGAGAAGGGAAGCCCGCUGUCGAUGCCCGCUACGAAGCAGCCUGCAACAGGCUGGCCAAUAAGGCGGUGCAGCGGGGGUCAGCCGACAACGUCACCGUGAUGGUGGUGCGGAUAGGGCACUGAGGGCCGUGUGUGCAGGAGCACGCGUGGUGUUGACUCAAAGGUUCAUUUUGUGUGUGCACAUUCUGUGUGUUCUGUGUACUCCUGUGGGACUCCCAUGGUUGUAAAUAAAGGUUUCUUUCUUUUUUUUUUUCCUA